AUGGCAGCGGGCCCGUGGUGCUGGGGGACGCCGGCGGCGCUCGUGGCGCUGCUGCCGCUGCUGCUGCUGCUCGGGGGCGCGCGCCGCCUGCGCCGGGGCCGCGCGGGGUCCCGCGGGGGCGCGCGGGGCGGGCGCGCGCUGGUGCUGACGGCGCACCCCGAUGACGAGGCCAUGUUCUUCGCCCCCGCCCUGCUCGGCCUGCGCAGCGCCGGGGCCGCCCCCGCCGUGCUCUGCUGCUCCGCAGGAAAUUAUUACAAUCAAGGAGAGAUUCGUAAGAAAGAGCUGGAACAGAGUUGUUGUGUCCUGGGGAUUCCUGCUUCUGAUGUCACAGUCAUUGAUCACAGGGAUCUUCCUGAUGAUCCUGCUGUGGAGUGGGACACUCAGCUCCUGGCCACCCUUGUCCUGGAGCACAUCAAAGCCAAGAACAUCAACCUGGUGGUGACGUUUGAUGCAGGAGGAGUGAGUGGCCAUGCCAACCACAUCUCUCUCUACAAUGCUGUCAGGUACCUGCACUCAGAGGGGAAGUUACCUGAAGGGUGCCAUGUGCUCGUGCUGGAAUCAGUAAAUCUCUUCAGGAAAUACAUUUCCUUCCUGGAUGUCCUCAUUUCCUGCCUCCUGCCCAGGGAUGCACUCUUCAUCCUCACAGAGGAGGAGACUGAACAAGCCAAGAGAGCCAUGCGGUGCCAUCGCAGCCAGCUCCUGUGGUUCCGCCAGCUCUACCUGCUCUUCUCCCGCUACCUGGUGCUCAACUCCCUGCGCCUGCUCUGACAGGACACCACGCUGUCACAGACAUCUUUUUUGUGAAAAUCUUUUUCUUUAGGAUUUUCUUUUCUGAGAAGCUGAAGCUUCAGAAACAGAAUGUAAACAAUGGUUAUCUGCUGCUGCAGAAUGCAGCAAGUAGAUUUGUGAUUAAUCUCGUGUAGAUGUUUUGAUUCAGUGACCAGUCACAGCAGGGAUGGCUCUUGUUCUCUCUCUGAGCCAGCUACUUUUGUUAUAAUUUUCUUAUUCUAUUCUUAGUUUAGCUAGCUUGCUUUCUGAGGAAACUUUUUUUUUUUAGUAUAGUUAUAAUGUAAUAUAUACAUCAUAAAAUAAUAAAUCAAGUUUUCUGAACAUAAAGUCAACAUUCUCGUCUCUUCCCUCAUCUGAAAACUCCAGUGACCACUGUCACACCACUCCAGGAGCAAAGGAUGAGCAAAACCACCACUGCCCCAGGCCCAGGACUCAGGAAAGCUCCUGUGUUAGGUGCUCAGCAGGAUGGGGUGUUCUUUGUGUGGCAUUCUCCACACUACAAAACUCAGGCUGGGUGAACCUCCUUCUGAAUAUCUUGUUGCCUGAUACAUUGAGAACAGGGCUAAAGCCUGAGAACAGGCUAUAGCUGCUCUAUAUUCUCAUCAUAGAAGCUUAAAUAAGAUGAGAAAUUUGGAUUAACUUUAAUUGGAAGCCAAGCUCUGGAGGAUUCUGCAUUGGAGAAGAUAUGGUGCAAACUGUUUCCCCAAGAAGACAGAGCUGCAAGGACUGCUUGGCAACUCUCCCUUGGUGCCUUUGUAAGAUCCAGCUAUCAGGAGUAACUUUUCAAUGCUAUCUCCACAGAUACAACCAUAACACCUUUGUUAUUCAGUAAGAACUUUAAAAAGCCAAAGCCAUUGAAUAAAA